AUGAAGCGGCUGCUGUCGCUCGGGCGGCGGCCUGCGCCGCUGCGCCGCUGCUUCUCCAGCGCUGCGUCCACCACCACAUCGUCGUCCAGCACACCGGUCGUGCCCAAGUCGGACCGCGACCGCCAGUUCCUGGCCGCGCUGCAGGUCUUCAACCGCCUGGAGGGCCACUUCACCGUGCCCUUCGAGUUCGUGGUGCCCUUGCCGGCCAGCGACGCGGAGGCGGAGACGUCGCCGUGGCCGCGCGAGACGUGGGGCAUGGACCUGGGCAACCGCCUGCGGCUGUUCACGCGCGGCCGCUGCAGCCCGUUCAAGUGCGCGCUGCUGCGCACCAUCGGCUUCCCGUACGACGACUGGAAGAGCUACGUGUGGGAGGUGCAGAUCAUCCCGUCGCUCAAGGUCUUCCAGGAGCUGGAGGGCCACCUGUUCGUGCGCCAGAGCUUCCAGAUCCCCGUGGGCGACGAGCGCUGGCCGCGCGCGGCCUGGGGCAUCAAGCUCGGCUCGCAGUGCCAGCUGCUGCGUCGCGACGUGGAGGACGGCCUCUCGGAGCAGCGCAAGCAGCAGCUGGACGACAUGGGCUUCGUCUGGAGCGACGCGCAGUGGAAGUGGCGCAUGCAGUUCCUCCGGGCCAUGGAGACGUACCGCCAGCUCUACGGCCACUGCUCGGUGCACCACACGUUCAAGGUGCCCGCCGACGACCCGCAGUGGCCCGAGGUGAGCUGGGGCUACCGACUCGGCCACGUCGUGGCCAAGGUCAAGGCCAACUUGGAGGAGCAGGCGCUGACCCCGCGCGAGAUGGCCGACCUCAGGAACAUCAACUUUUUCGAGGACGGACUGUCCUAUGAGAUCUGGCGCGACGCGCUCAUGCCCGCGCUGGAGCUGUACCCGGCGCUGUUCGACGGCGACGUGUUCAUCCCGGAGGACUUUGUGGUGCCCAGCGAGGCUCCGUGGCCCGAGCGCGCGUGGGGGAUCAAGCUCGGAUACAUCGUGAAAACCAUCAACUCCAGACGCAUCUUCCGCGAGGAGAUGCAGCAGGACAAGCAGCGGCUCAAAGAGCUCGGCUACGCGUGGGAGUCGCUCUUCGGCAAGUGGGCGAAGGAGCUGCUGCCGGCGCUCAGAAUAUACAAAGCCAAGUUCGGUCACUGCGACGUGCCGUCCUGGUGGGUGGUGCCUACGAACGACGAGUCCUGGCCCAAGACACUGCGCGGCUAUCAGUUGGGGAAGCAGGUGGUGCGAAUUCGACGCAACGGCCGCACCAGCACCGACGCGAUUGAUGUGCUACCGGAACUGGAGGCGAUCGGCUUCAAGUUCAACGCGUUCGAGAGCUACUUCGUAGACCGUGUCCUACCGGCGCUAGAGGUGUAUGCGGAGAUCUACGGAGACACUCACGUGCCCCAAGGCUUCAUCGUGCCGUCUGAGGGUAGAUGGCCGCAACCGUCUUGGGGGACGAAGCUCGGCCACACCGUGCGCAACAUACGCAAUCGCCACCAGCACGCACAGCAGGUCGAGAUGUACCGUGAUCGUCUCGACAAGAUCGGCUUUGUGUGGAGCAUCUACAAGUCCACGGCUGCGACUAGACGCGACAUCGUCGACCCGAGUGUCAAGGUGUACAAGGAAAUCAACGGCGAAGACGCGGAGGUCCCGCGGAAUUUUGUAGUGCCCGCGGACGAUCCGCGCUAUCCUGAGGUGGCCAAGAACUUUGAGCUGGGCGCGUGGCUGUUCCAGUUCAACCGCCGAACAACCGGACUGCUUCCGUUCCAGACACAAGAGGGCAAGAAGAAGGCGGCAUCAGCAAGCGAAAAGCACCGUCACGCUCACCCUCUCGGCGGAGGGAAGCUUACUCCCCAUGCCGAACAGUACUGGAAGGAUGUGCUGUUGGCCGCAUUCCAGGCCUAUGCAAAACUGCAUGGCAGUUGCGAAGACAUGGAUGGCAGUUUUCUUGUGCCAAGCGAAGACCCGUACCCCCAGUCUGCCUGGGGUCUGAAUCUGGGCCUUCGGUUGCGUCACUUGCGCCACGGUAAUCGCUACGCGAAGGAAGUUGCCAAGUACAAGGAUGAGCUUCUUGAGCUCGGCACUUUCUGCCAAAUAGCAGAUCUGGCUCAAAACGCAACCAGGGAUGAUAACAACUUGUGA